AUGCCCAAACGAACAUCAGACGCAGCGGACGAGCCCGCAGCAAAGGCUGCGCCGAAUGGUCGGGAGCCGAGGGUGGCGGAGGAGGAUGAAGGGAUGGGGGAGUUUGAAGAUCGGUGGGAGGACGAUAUUGAGAGUGAGAGUGGAGGGGAGGAGGAGAUUGGAGGAGAUGAGGAGGGAGAGGAGGAUGGUAAGCCAGCGCUAAUGUCAUGGUUUCUGACCAAUGAAGUGGUGGAAGAAGCACCACCAGCCAAGCAGACCUAUCUGCCCGGAACAAAGCUGGGGCCAGGGGAGCAACUGGUCGCCGACCAGUCUGUCUACCUCGCCCUCCACUCCCUCUCGUACGCAUGGCCGUGCCUCUCCUUCGACAUCCUCCGGGACAAUCUCGGGGAAGACCGCUCCACCUUCCCGCACACCGCCUGGAUCGUCACCGGGACACAAGCGGGCGAGGUCCCUGGGCAGGGCAAGGCCAAGGACGAGGUCGUCGUCAUGCGCCUAGGCGGACUCUCUCGGACGCAACGGCAUGACGAGGACGACUCGGACGCCGAGUCGGAGGACGAGGACGAGACGGAGGAAGACGCUACCCUUGACUUCCUCACCAUCCCCCACGUCGGCUCGGUGAACCGGAUCCGCGCCGCCCCUGUCGCUAGCACAGCCCAAAUACCAGACCCGUACCACGUCGCCACAUUCUCGGAAACGGGCAAAGUGCACGUCUUUGACGUACGCCCAUAUAUCGAUACCCUCGCCGGUCCAUCUCGUCCCCGCCAGAAAAUCCCGGUGCACACCAUCACGAACCAUGGGCGGAACGAGGGGUUCGCGCUGGAAUGGGGACAGACGGGGCUGUUGACGGGAGAUCUGGCGUCCAAGAUCUUCUUGACGACCGUCACGCCUACCGGAUUCCAUACCUCCCCCAAUCCCUACAUGUCGCAUACCUCCUCGAUAGAGGAUCUGCAGUGGUCCCCCUCGGAAUCGACGGUGUUUGCGUCGGCGUCGGCGGAUAGGACGGUACGGGUGUGGGAUAUACGGGCGAAGAAUAGGAAGAGUGUCGUCAGUGUCGAGGCGCACAGCCAGGACGUGAAUGUCAUCUCCUGGAAUAAGGGUACGGACUAUCUGUUGGUCAGUGGAGGGGACGAAGGAGGGUUGAAAGUCUGGGAUUUGAGAAUGUUCAAAGACACCCCCACACCAGUCGCCGACUUCUCAUGGCACAAAGCCCCCAUCACAUCCGUCGAAUGGCACCCCACAGACACAUCCGUAUUCGCCGCCUCGGGCUCAGACGACCAGGUCACCCUCUGGGACCUGUCAGUCGAGCAGGACGAGGACGAGGAGCCCAUCGCCUCGGGCGUCAAUGCGGAUGGGACACCCAUUACCGUUCCCCCACAAUUGCUGUUUGUGCAUCAGGGGCAGAAGGACGUCAAGGAGUUGCACUGGCAUCCCCAGAUCCCGGGGAUGAUGAUUACGACGGCGAGUGAUAGCUUUAAUGCGUUCAAAACGAUCUCGGUGUAG